AUGGAAAUAGUGGGGUGCCGAGCAGAAGACAACUCGUGUCCUUUCCGCCCCCCAGCCAUGCUCUUCCACGGGAUCUCCGGAGGCCACAUCCAAGGCAUCAUGGAGGAGAUGGAGCGCAGAUCCAAGACCGAGGCCCGCCUGGCCAAAGGCGCCCAGCUCAACGGCCGCGACGCGGGGAUGCCUCCGUUGAGCCCUGAGAAGCCCGCCCUGUGCGCCGGCUGCGGGGGCAAGAUAGCCGACAGGUACUACCUGCUGGCCGUGGACAAGCAGUGGCACCUGAGGUGCCUGAAAUGCUGUGAAUGUAAGCUGGCCCUCGAGUCCGAGCUCACCUGCUUCGCCAAGGACGGUAGCAUUUACUGCAAGGAGGACUACUACAGAAGGUUCUCUGUGCAGAGAUGUGCCCGCUGCCACCUUGGCAUCUCCGCCUCCGAGAUGGUCAUGCGCGCCCGAGACUCCGUCUACCACCUGAGCUGUUUCACCUGCUCCACCUGCAACAAGACCCUGACCACGGGCGAUCAUUUUGGCAUGAAGGACAGCCUGGUGUACUGUCGUGCCCACUUCGAGACCCUCUUGCAAGGGGAGUAUCCACCUCAGCUGAGCUACACCGAGCUGGCGGCCAAGAGCGGCGGCUUGGCCCUGCCUUACUUCAACGGCGCUGGCACCGUGCAGAAGGGGCGGCCCCGGAAGCGGAAGAGCCCCGCGCUGGGGGUGGACAUCGUCAGUUACAACUCAGGUUGUAACGAGAAUGAGGCCGACCAUCUGGACCGAGAUCAGCAGCCUUACCCGCCCUCGCAGAAGACCAAGCGCAUGCGCACCUCCUUCAAGCAUCACCAGCUCCGGACCAUGAAAUCCUACUUUGCCAUCAACCACAACCCGGACGCCAAGGACCUCAAGCAGCUUGCUCAGAAAACAGGCCUGACCAAAAGAGUUUUGCAGGGAGAACAAAUCUUGGGGCAUUACAGCCAAACAUCCCGACGUUUGAAAAUUCCCUAAAGUAUUAAAAGAAGGGGAAAAGUUUGAUCGGAAAUCCACUGCAGUGAAGACAAAGACAAUAUUAGGUUAUGAUAAUCAUACAUUUAAAAAUCUAUUGAGCCAAAAAAAGAGAGACAGAGAGAGAGAGAGAGAGAGAGAGAGAGAGAGAGAAAGAAAGAGAGAGACCGGGAGACUUAAAUGUCAUUUACUGAAUGUUAACAAAACUUCUGUUCUUUAUGAUGUCUAACACAAAUGGAGGCUUAAAAUUAUAUGGUUUUAAACAAAAUUAGAUAAAUCGUGUAUAAAUCAGAGCAACCAGGCAGUAAUAUGCCCACCCCAUAUUUGAAGAAAAUUAUUGAAUAAAAAAUUCCCACACAUUUGUCAAGCACAGUAGU